CAUUUCUGAUACCGUGAUUUGAUAAUUAUUCUAAGAUCUAAAUGAGAUUCUUGCAUUUAAUGCACAACUGGGGGUUACUGGGUAGAGCUACUCUUCUACUGGGUAGACUUACUCUACCCCUAUUUUUUGUUGGUGAAGGAGGCUUACUAAAGCAGGUGAAUGGGUAGCUGCAAGUUUGAUCGGCUCUCUAAAUACUGCAUGGUUUUCAAUUUUUAUUAUUUUUACUUAAUAUUUGUGCAGGUUCUACUGAAAAUGCUCCCUUCUUACUACAAACAUGUAAAAGAUCAUGAGAACACACUCAUAACAAAAUUUUUUGGGCUUCACCGAAUAUCAUUCAGCAGAGGGAAGAAGGUACGCUUUGUAGUCAUGGGGAACAUGUUUUGCACUGAACUACACAUACAUCGACGGUAUGAUUUAAAGGGUUCAUCUCAUGGAAGAUUUACAAAGAAAGAUGAAAUUGACGAGGGUACUACAUUGAAAGAUCUCGAUUUGAAAUUUGAGUUUCAUAUGGAUAAAUUAUUACGUGAGAUACUUUUCAGGCAAUUAUCUCUCGACUGUCAGUUCUUAGAAGGACAACACAUAAUUGAUUAUAGCCUUCUAUUAGGAUUGCACUUUAGAGCUCCAGAGCAUCUAUUAACACUGUUAGAGCCACCCGAUUCCAUGCACAAACCUGAGAUUACUGCCACUGCAAUAACUGAUGGGGAGACCUCUCAGGGAGAUAUCGCAAUUCCUCCAAGGGGUUUGCUUUUAGUAACCCAUGAGCCUAGCUCUGCGAACGAUGAACCUGGUCCCCACAUAAGGGGAAAUACAUUGAAAGCCUACUCAGUUGGUGACAGAGAGGUUGAUCUUCUUUUACCUGGCACUGGAAGGUUGAGGGUGCAGUUAGGCGUGAACAUGCCAGCUGAAGCAACGCACAAGGUUAAGCAGGAUGGAACUGAAGAAGAAGGUUCUCCUGAAGUGGAACUGUUUGAGGUGUACGACGUAGUUCUGUACAUGGGUAUAAUCGACAUCUUGCAGGAUUACAACAUCAAAAAGAAGUUAGAGCACGGCUACAAAUCGAUGCAGAUUGAUCCGAUGUCGAUUUCCGCGGUUGAACCCAACGCCUAUUCCAAACGCUUUAUUGGCUUUCUACAAAAAGUGUUCCCGGCCAAACCUUGAGGUUCAAGCUUACAUCUUGUCUUCCUGCCUAACGCAUACAUGUCUAUCUCAGGUAUAUAUUAUAUUUAUAUCUAAACAGCUAUUUAUAAUACUAAUACUCAUUGUAAUACCUCCAAGAUUUCCAAUAGUUUUCGCAAUGCGAAAACGGAUCAAAUCAACACAACGCUUGCAUACAUACAUUAAUCACAAGCAAUGAAUGGACCAUAUGGUU